CUCAAACACACAGGCGCAGAAGUCGACAGCGCAGAGCUUCCCUUUAACCCUCCGGUGACUGCUGCUUGAAGCUCCGUGGAAGCUUCUUCAUUUAACAGGUAGAAUCUGUAAAUUCGUGAGUUUUAUAGUGAGUUAAAUAAAGACAGCUACAGUUAAAGCAUCCCAACAUGUCUGUGAACAUUUCUACCGCUAACUUUAGCUUUCGUUAGCAGACAUUAGCUCAGUUAGCUAAGUUUGCCUUGUGUUUCGUUACCGGUGAAAUGAGAGAGACAAUCUAUAUUCAGUGAACGACAACAAAGGAUUAAUAAAGAAAACUGAACAUAUUAACUGGAUAAUUGUGUUAACAAAAGUCUGUCAUUAGUAUACUCUGACCAAAUUAUCCCCAGUUUUCUCUGUAGUGAACAGAAAUCUGAAGAUUGACUCUAUCAGCAGAAAUACAGUCAAGAAAGGCUGUCUGUUUAAUCAGCUCAUUUUACAACUUACUUUAUUAACUUAUUGAAAAUAUUAACCCAUAUCCUCUGUUUUACCUGCUAGUGUUCUCAGGAGCAGAAUCAGAGGAGCACUCUCGGGUGGCCCUGGCCCCCUCAGAAAUUUGAUGGCCACCCUAAACUCCUGUGAUGGGCUCUUAUCCUGUCAGAGUCAGGGCUAAUGUUCAACCAGUUUUUCUAUUGUUGUUAAUUGCAGAAUAUGAGUCACAGUAACCUAGAAGACGCAGUCAGAGCUGUAGACAGGGUUUAAAAAGUAGUAAGUCAGAAGGUUUUUUUCUACUGUUUGUAACGUUAAAAAGUUAACGUUACAUGGUUUUCAGUUUUUCAACAUCUCCAAAUUAAUUUGAUGUAAAUUUUCUGCUCUGUUAACAACAACAACAAAAAUAAUAGUAAUAAUUAUGAGGAUGAUUAUAAUUAUUGUUGUUCUGUCUCCUUCUGGUCCAUUCUCAUGGCCUUCUCAGUCUGUGCUAUUCUAAACAUUCAACUUUUAUUCUGUUCUACUCCUUCAAGAGACAUUUGCUUGGCAUUUUUAUACUUUUUACACUUGUUGAAUUAUUUGCCUCUAAAUUUUUUUACAAUGGAAACAUAUAAUUGUACAAUUCUGCCUAAAACUCCACUUUCUCAGGCUUAGAAUUUCAAGGUACUUAAACCUUUUACCUACAGAUUUCAUGUUUGCUUUAAAAUGUGUAAGGAUGACUAGCCCAUGGUCACACAUUAAAAAAUGGAAGGUCCACACGAAUUAUCAUUUUGACAAGCUUUACUGGUUACGGAUCUGGGUUACAGCUUCAUCAUACCACAAGUGUAACAAAGAUUGGUCUGAGACCGUUCAAGUAUAUAUAGCUGUCCACAUUUCUAAACAUACUGCUGACAUUUAGUUGACCCUAAGAAAAAUCCAUGUACGGUAAGAACAAAGGACAACAUAUUUUAAGGAGCUUUAGGUGAACAUAUAGAAUGGCAGAACAUAUUUUACGGACCUGUGUGAUGUAAAAUAUGGGUACAAGCUCCUUGCUGAGCAUGGUUGUCAGAGGCCCAUGGCUUCAGAAAUCUUGCACCAAAAUAUCUGAGGUAUUUGAGUGACACAGCUCCACCACUCUAAAGGCUGACAUGACUGGCUAAAGAUACUCAUCCUAACAAAAUGUUCACAAUCUUUUCAACUAUUUAUGAUUUCCUCAGUUUUUUUGAUAUCUCGGCACUGAAACAGCUAUUCUAUUAUAGUCUAUAUUACAAUGAUCAUUAUGCAAAGAUUGUUUUGUUUUUCAGAGCAGGAUGUCGAGCUUUGGGUCGCAGAAACCGUCCCGCAGUCAGAGAACUCCAAACAAACGCUUUAAUGGCCUGAAGGACAUCCAUGUCGAUGAAAUGGUGAAGAUUGGCGUGAACCUCGCUCUCGAAAGGUUUUGCUACAGCGAUGACAAAGGUACUAGCUGUUUAUGUACUAGGAGUAUAAAUGUAUAUGACUAUGAUUUUCUUGCUGACAUCAGUUCUGAGCUCUUUGUCGUCUCCGGUUGUGCAGAGAUGGAGUUCCCGUCCUCUCUGACCAGCACAGAGCGAGCGUUCAUCCAUCGGAUGGCUCAGUCUCUGGGUUACAUCUCCAAGAGCAAAGGGUGAGUUUCUCCUCCACAGACAGAAACAUGAUUUACUACAUCUGUCAAAGCUCUGAUAUUAUCUACUUUCUCUGACUAUAAAAUGAUCUCUAUAGUAGAUUAAGAAAGAGGAUAUUCUGCUCAGUUUAUUGGACAGCUGAGAUGUAUCACUAUUUCUGUGUUAGUGAUUAAAUUUAUGAUCCACAAACGGCUCAAUUCAUGGUCAGAAGACAUUCAGUUUGAUCAUCCUUCCUACUCACAUUCCACUCAUAACUAAAAAGUAACUGAAUGAAUCUGGAGAUGAGUAAAUAAAUCAACAUCGCAGUCUCUCUUUCUUAUUCUCAGUCAAUUAGAUUUUUACUUUUCACAAUCUAACUUUGAAGAGAGAGGAGUGUUACAAACUGAUGAGGUCUAAUUUUGCAGAAACAGCUGCAGAUUCUUAUAUUUUGUCAACACAGUUCAGUUAUGACAGCAGGAACUCCGCUUUGUGUUUCAGGAAAGGAUCGAAGCGUUUCCUUACCAUCAGGAAGAAGGACGGCUCAGACAAACCUCGGCCCACCAUGCCCCUCUCUCUCUCCCCCAAUUCCCUGUUCUUCAUCCGUAGCCUGCUGCAGAGGUUUCCCCUCAGCAGUAGGGAGCGUCUGGACCUGCAGCCUGGCACCAAGAGUGGGCUAUCUCCGUCCUCACAGUCAGGUUAGCGCCACAGCUUCAAGUUUAAAUUUUUAUGUACGCCUGGGUUUAUAAUAUACCUGUGUUUAUAGCUGCCUCUCUUUUCUCAGACGGCAGCAGCGGCAGGAACAGGGCGACUGGCGGGUUGAAUAAUGGGGUCCCUGUUGUCCCCCUGAGGAGGAAUCCUACAGAGCUGGACGCUUUCAGGUGCUCUCUGCCCGUCCACGAGCGACAGGAAGAGAUCCUGCAGCUUAUCAGGGACAACAGAGUGCUGCUGGUGUUGGGGGAGACCGGCUCAGGGAAGACUACACAGGUGAGUCAGUGUGGCUUGAACUACAGUUUGACCUCCAAUAGAAAUCUGCUGUGUUGAAUUAUUUAUAGAUAUUUUGUCCCCCAAAGUCUGUGUUUAGAGCUGUUACUGCUGUACUUACCUGUGCAGUAACUCAGUGUUUAAUCCAUCAGAUCCCUCAGUUUGUGCUGGAUGAGUGCAGCAGGACGAAGAAGCCCUGCAGGAUCUUCUGCACUCAGCCCAGACGGCUUGCCGCCAUUGCCGUGGCCGAUAGAGUCGCCGCAGAGAGAGGAGAGCGUGUGGGCAAGACUGUGGGAUACCACAUCAGACUGGAGAACAGGUACACACCUUUAAAAUCCUUUACUCACCUGAUACUGACCAGAAUGUAGAGCAAGUGCACACCACCAGGGACACCAGUAACAGUUUCAAACCCAGAAUCAUUUUAACCAAAUCAGACUGGAGAGCAGAUACACACCUGAAACACACCAAGUGGCGUUAAUCUGCACUGAGAGAAGAUCUCUUCAAACAUAGGUUCCUAACAGCUGUCUUUCUAUGUCUCUGUGUGUGUCUGUUUCUGUCUGUCCCCUCAGAGUGUCUCCAAACACUUGUCUGACCUUCUGCACCAGCGGAAUCUUCCUCAGGACGCUGAUGGCUGGAGAUGCCAGCCUGGCCACCGUCACUCAUGUCAUUGUGGUGAGCAGCAGAUGCUCAAAGACACACUAGCAGGACACACUGUGUUAUAACGCUUUGUCUCUAUCAGAGAUGCAUGGAGAGGACACAGAGAGUUCGAAUACUCAGCUCUGUCAAUAGCCUGUCAGAGACACAUGUGUAAUCUCCUGCUGUGUUUUUCAGGACGAGGUCCAUGAGCGAGACGGUCUGACAGACUUCCUGCUCAUCAAGAUGAGGGACGUCCUCCAGAAGUUCCCGUCCCUCAAACUGAUUCUGUCAAGCGCUGCUCUGGACGUCGACCUCUUCCUCAGAUACUUCGAGAACUGUCCCGUCAUCAGGCGUCAGUCUGCGAUGUUUAAUUUGUUUUAAUUGUUUUCAUGUUUGUUUUGUAGUUCAGGUUUUCAAUUUUUUAUUUGCUCAGUUGUGUGCGUCUCUUGUUUAUUUCUCUGUUUGCAUGUUUGUUGUUUAUUUGUUUUGUUUUUAGUGUGUUUGAUGUUUUCCUGCUUCUUUUUGUUUGGUUGUUUGCUCUUUUAUUCUUGCUUGUUUAUUUGAUUUAGUUUACCUUUGUAUCCAGUUUACUUCACUAUGUGCUUGCUUUGCUUUUUUGUUUUCUUUGGUGAGUCUCUUGUUUGCUUGAUAUUUUCUUUUUAACUAGUUGUUUUCUUGUAUUUUUUAAUUUGUGUUUGUGUUUGUUUUUAAUUUUAAUUUCUCAUAUUUCUUUUUUUGUUUGAUGUGUUCAUUUCUUUACUGACUUGAAAUGAGUUUUUUUGUGUUUUGUGUUUGUUUUUGUUUGUUUUGCAGUGAAGGGGAAGCAGUUUGAGGUAAAGGAGUUGUUCUUGGAGGACGUCCUCAGGCUAACGGGCUUCAACAACACAGACAUGAAGAAACAGAUGGAGAGUGAUCAGAUGAGUAAGGACACCGCAUUAACCUGCUAGUAAAUGUGAGAAAUCACAUUUUUGUUAACGUGACGCUGUUUCUUCAGAGGAGCAGAAACAUCGUACAGAGUGGAGGGACUCUGAGGACGACAGAUCAUCUGGAGAGAGACGGACCAGCCCUGAACCUGCUGCCCACAAUGUCCUACAGGACGGAGGAGACGGGCCCUCAAUGGUUAAACACACACUCACACUGGUUAGCUGGCAGGUCCAUGGCAGCAAAACAUCAGCAGCAAUAAUCCAGAGGAAUUUAGGGCAUGAUAGAGCUCAGGAGCUCCCAGAAAAGACCGUAAUAGAACAUGAUCGUUCAAAGUUAGUGACACAGACAGAAAUAGGAGGGAGAAGGAGGGAAAGGUGCUCUAUGUGCCAGGAAUAAGGCCACAUUCAGACUCCUGGUGGGUUUGAUAUUCAGUCCAAAAUAUUGGAUCCAAGACCCCUUACCCACUGCCUUGUUUGGCCCCAAGCCACUGAGCCUUUAUUUUAAAACUACAAGAGUAACAUCCUGGUAAACCCCUUUUUUUCUUUGGACUGUCUCUUUAAAAAAAAAAAAAGUCCAAACAAAUGAGUAACAUUUCAUGCUGACAUCAAAGUACAUACAGACAAAUAUGCAGAUAUGCAACUUCAUGCAUCAGUGUGUAGCUGUAUGCGCUGUUGUCAUGAUUGUGUUUGUAUGUUUGUGUCUUAGAAUGGGUCGGGGCAGGUGGAGGCGUGGCUUCAGAGAGAGAUGGACAGCUGCAUCUCCAGGAUCUUCCUGAAUGAAGAGGAGGAGGCUUUCACCCAACUGUUCGACCUCAUCUUCUAUGAGAGCGUCAACGGUACCUGUACCUCACUCACCUGUCUGCACCUGUCCCCAUUACUCUUAAAUUUAACACCUCAUCUAUAAGCACUUGGUGGCAGCAGAUCCAGAUUUAUCAAACAGCUGGAUUAAAUCAUGCUUGUAUCAGUGUAUAUGUUAGUCCCAGGUUGGAUACGGGGUUGUAAUGUUUGUGCUGUUGAUAUCUGAAUUUGGGAUGAUCACUGAUGAUUAAUGACCGUGUAAAUUAUAAUCUGGUGUUGUUCAGUGGACUACAGGCACAGUGAGACAGGCUCCACCCCUUUGAUGGUGGCAGCGGGGCGGGGCUUCAUCGUGCAGGUGGAGCAGCUGCUGAAUAUGGGAGCAGACGUCAACAUGAAGGCUGUUAAUGGAUGGUAGGACCGCAGUGUGAUAUGAUGUUCAAUUGCACCAUGUACACUAACAGUCAGGUUACUGUAAAUCACCACAGAAACUAGUUAGUUCACCACAGAAAUGAAGGAGGCAUGUAUUUAAUCAUUAAAUAUAUACAGCUCCCUCAAGUUCUCCAAAUCUCAGCCCCAGACAUGUUUUAGUUUGAAGUGAAUCAUUUGAAAAACUCUGUUUUAAUCUGCUCUCAGGACAGCUUUGGACUUCGCUGAACACUUCGAGCAUACAGAUGCUGUGGACCUACUUAGAUCCCACAGGUGAGUGUGACACAAACCUGAGACUGAGAUGUAGACCCAUAUCAUAAUUUGAAUUUCCCCCUGACUCUCUGUCAGUGCUGUUACCGGUUUGUUUUUUUCAUAUUGGUGGAGUUUAGUCGGGCUGCAGCCUCAGAUCAUCCUCGCUCGUUCAAAGUUAGAUGCUGGUGCAGUUUCAGAUGUUUGAGCCAUUGCAUGUUCUCUCCAGAUAAACCAAACAUUUUAAGCCAAACUACAGAUGCAAGCAGCGAUGAACAGCCCCUCGCACCUCUGUGCUUGUUGGGGUUUGGUGCACGUUGGGGUAGGGCAAGCGUUGGGUUGCUGGGAAGACUUUUUUUGUACAAAGCAGACUUGAUUCAUAAGCCCAUGAAAGAACAUCAUUCUGAGGAAAUCAUGGUGUAUUGGCUGAUUGACGAAGAUUUGCAAGUGUGUCAAAUUGAGUAUUAAAUCCACACAGACCAACCAUACUUAUAAAGAAUGUUUUGAGGCUCCAGUGGGUACCCAUGUGCCACAGUUAGUGACUCCAUUAAUAAUUUAACCCCUUUAAAAGCUACAUCUGGGGCAUAGAAGUAUGUGAACUUGAGGGCAGUGGGGGGAAGGUCCUUGGAUGUACCAGAUAUAUCUAAACUUCUACUCUAAAGACUUAUAAAAAACCUCUGAUUUACUGACCACCUGAGAGAGUCUGUUCUCUGUCUCAGGGUGGAGGUUAACGAAUGUGUGUAUCUGUGUGUAUUUUUGCAGGUCUGUCGGUGGUGUUAGAAUGGAGGAGUUUCAGGCUGGAGAUGCCGAGCUGAGUGCAGAGGAGCAGGAGUUACUCCGACUCUACCAUCAGAGCUUCGAUGAUGAGCAGGUGGACGUGGAUCUCAUCAUGGAACUGCUGCACAAUAUCUGCUCCACCACGGCUGAUGGUUAGAGUCUACACAGCCGCUCAGCUGUUCUUCAUAGUAGUAAUAAUGAUAACAAUAUUAAUGAUUUAAUUUGUAAAGCACCUUUUAAAUAACCCACGAGGAGUUCACUCAGUCUGUCAGUCUGAACAGAUGAUGAAGUUGAUCAAUGUUUUUGGCUAAAAUAGAUAGACCACAGAUAUAGGAUUAUAAUGUUCAUGGAAUAAUGGAUGAAAUUAUUAUUAAUAGAUUGUUAUAUUUUAUGAAAUGCAAAAGAAAACAUCAACAUUAUAUUGAAAUCAUAUAUCAGCUGUUGAAUCACCUGCUUGGUUAUUAUUGCUGUCAGCUGUGGAAAUACCUUUAUCAGCUGACCUUUAAAAACAGCCGAUCAGCUGAUCAAUAGAAUAGGUAAAAGCUGAACUGACAAUGUAAUAAGUAUAGAUAAUGUAAAAAAUGCUUGUUUUUGUUGUUGUUUCUGUUGUCUUUCAGGGGCGGUUCUGAUUUUCCUCCCUGGAUACAAUGAUAUUGUGGCGCUUCGAGAUCGCCUCCUGUAUGACGAUAAGAGGUUUACAGUUCACUCUGACAGGUGAGUGUUCACCUGGAGGGGCUGUAAGGACAGAUAAUAACGGAUGACUUAACAUCAUGUGUUUAUAACAUGUUUUUGUCAUACAUAUGAAGUCAUAUUUACAGACCCAUCAGAGACGUACAGCCCUCUGACAUUAGAUAAUUAACACUUAAUAUAUGCUGAAUUUACACUGCACAUAAACAUGAACACGUGCUGAUCACAGGAGUGUGUCUGACAGAUGUGUGUGUGUCUCUCAGGUUCCAGGUGUUUACUCUGCAUUCAGACAUGCAGACGUCCGAUCAGAAGAAAGCCAUGAAGACGUCUCCACCCGGAGUCAGGAAGAUCGUGAGUUUUUAACCUGACUGUGUGUGUGUGUGUGUGUGUGUGUGUGUGUGUGUGUGUGUGUGUGUGUGUGUGUGUGUGUGUGUGUGUGUGUGUGUGUGUGUGUGUGUGUGUGCGUGUUUAUUUACUGACUGACUCUCUGACUUUGUCUUUACUGACUACAGUGCUUUAGGUUGACCUGCAAAUACAUCACAACACACUGACACACACUCACAACAUUAACUGCCGAACUGAAUCUGAUUCAGACUGUUAGAAAACAGAAAGACCUUUCAGUUUGUUUUUAACGUUUUUUUUUUGUUUGUUUGAAGAUCAAUUUUUACAAAGCAAACUAAGGAAAAACAAGAUGGACAAAUGGAUGAAUAAAGCAGUCAAAGGACAGGUGUGGGUUUACUCCGGGUACUCCGGUUUCCUCCCACAUCCCAAAAACAUGCCUAAGUGGGGUUAGAUUAAUUGGCCACUUUAAAAUUGCCUGUAGAUGUGAAUGUGAGCGUGGAUGAGUGUUCGUCUCUAUAUGUCAGCCCUGCUAUGAACUGGCGACUUGUCCAGGGUGUCCCCUGCCUUCGCCUGAAGAUGCUGGGAUAGGCUCCAGCCCAUUAAAUUUCACUUUGAAAAUCACAGAGUUUUCACAUUUAAACAGCAGAUUGAACUGAGUCAUAACUGAUGAUUUCUUGUUUUUCAGAUCCUGUCCACAAACAUCGCAGAGACGAGCAUCACCAUCAACGACGUGGUGUUUGUUAUCGACUCAGGGAAAGUCAAAGAGGUACGAUAGAGCCGAGGAGAAACAUCAAGAGUUACAAUGUGAGUGAAAUAAACUGAUUUCUCUGUGAUCAUUUAACAAUAUUGUCUUUCUGUUUUACUGCAGAAAUCCUUCGACACUCUCAGUCAUGUGUCCAUGUUAAAGACAGUGUGGAUCUCCAAAGCCAGUGCUCUGCAGAGGAAGGGAAGGUAACAGCGUAAAGUCUGCUCUCAUCACGUUACUGUGUCAUUUUAACCCUCUGAUACACACCCGAUUAGAGCGUUAUUUAUGAGGUGUGCGUCUGUAAUAAACACCUGUGGUAUUUCAGGUAAAUGUUUGAUUUUUCACCCGGCGUCUCUACCUCCUGUCUAUCAUCCUCAGAGCGGGACGCUGCAGGCCUGGGAUCUGUUUCCACCUCUUCAGUCGUCUCCGCUUCCACAACAUGUUGGAGUUUCAGGUUCCACAGCUGCUCAGGAUGCCUCUGCAGGUACACACACAAACACACACACAGACACACACACACACGCUUUUGUUUGGAACUAUUUCUGUUUUUCUCUGAAAAUUAAUGAUUUAUUUCAUUUAAAAUAGGGGCAUUACAUAUUAAUGAACAUAAACAUGUAAAUAUGCAAGAUAGUAGCCAUCUUUAGUCCCUUUGGCAGGUAGAUGUCAUAAACAGAGAAAAGAAAAUCAAUAAAACAACAGUAACAAAUUCUUAAAAAUCCUUCUCCUUUUUCUUUUAGCUGUGAACACAAAACCCAGUUUUUAUACUACAGUCACAAAAAAAUUAAACAGCCACAUCCAAAAAUUUUAAUCUGAGCUCUGAAUCAAACAUUGUUUUCACACCAUAAAGACAUUAGAGAGACUAAAAACACUUCUGAGCAGUGACCAUACACUUAAGCACAAAAUAGAAACGGCAGUCAGAGAGCACUCUAGGCUCAGAAAGUUUUUUUUUUAAAGACGAAUGUAAGUAAGCAAGUGUUUGAAGUUCAUAACGCAAGGUUAUUUAAGUAAUGCAAAUGCAGUUAUAUUGUAUAUUCAAAGAAAAGAGUUUUUGCACACCUGGACAGGUGCACAGGAAAGAAGUUGACAAUUGAAACUUAAAAAAAAUCCUGCCCACUGUCCUCAGUGGCUGCAGUGCUCAGAUCUUAACCAGUCUGAUUCAUCAUCAGUAGAUUUAGUGAGAUUAGUGAGAUUACAAUCACAAUAAGUAAGAGGCAUGGGCACCACAAUAACUGAACUUAAAUGUUGUGUUUCAGGAUCUGUGUCUGCAGACCAAACUGUUGGCUCCCUCCUCCUGUCCCGUUGCUGAGUUUUUAUCCAAAGCUCCUCAGCCUCCUCCAGCCCACGCGAUCAGGAACGCUGUGCACAUGCUGAAGGUAACAAAAACUUCAAACAACAACAAAUACUAACAAAUGAACAACAGGUGCUGCCGUAGGCUGCCUCUGAGACAAGUUCAGUCAAAACUCUCCUUCUCCAGACAAUCGAUGCCAUGGAUCAGUCUGAAGACCUGACUGACCUGGGCAUCCUUCUGGCUGAUCUACCUGUGGAGCCUCACCUGGGGAAGAUGGUCCUGUGUGCUGUGGUUCUGAAGUGUCUGGACCCUGUCCUGACCAUCGCCUGCACUCUGGCCUACAGAGACCCCUUCAUCCUCCCUGCCCAGAGCUCCCAGAGCCGAGCCGCGCUGUACUGCCGCAAGCGCUUCACCUCCAACACCUUCAGCGACCACAUGGCCUUGCUCAGAGCGUUUCAGGUAGACUUUAUAGAAAGGUGCCCUCUUGGUACCUGUGGACUAAGAAAUGAAGCCAAAUCUGACCUUGAAAGUAAACUGCUAUCUAUCUGCUAACUAUCAAAGGUUAAGAGUCAAGCAAAGAACCAUUCCCAUUUUAUUUACUAUUAUUUUAUUAACUAUCUCUUUAUUUACUUCAUAUACAAAGCACAAAAACUCCAUGUUAGACUCUCUGCACAAGGCUUUAUUUGUACAUACUGUAUAUACAGGGGACACAAAUAGUAGCCACACUCAAAAUGCUGAUACGUUUUGAUACAAAGAAAUAAAAAGACAGAGCAAAGAAGGUUAGAAACAACCCCUCAAGGUAACAAAUUGACCUGUUGUAGAUAAAAGGCAGAUGUUAUCUUUGUUCCAGAGGAAAAUAUUGAACACAAUAUUAAAACCAGCAAAGAAGAUCAGAUUAGUUUAGAGAUAUUAAGACCGUAAAUGAAGACAGUGAAAGUGUAAAGGGCAUGUAGAAUAGUCAGAGAAUAGCCCUUUAUAUAUUUAGUUUAAUGUCUUUUAACAUCCACAGAAAGUCAGGAGAAGGUAACUUCACCCUCUUCUGGUACAUUUGUCCUUUGUUUGGCAAAGUUUACACCUUAAAGUCUAAGAGAGAAAGCGAAUCUUUAAAGUAUUACUUUUUUAACUUCUACUCUCUGUCCAGACACCUUGACUGAGGUUUUACAGCCUCAAGUAAAAGAAUAAGCCACAGUGUCUUUCUGGUAAUAACAUCUUUUUGUGUUUUUUUUUUCAGUCGUGGCAGAAAGCUUGCACUGAUGGCUGGGAAAGGUCUUUCUGUGAGAAGAACUUCCUGUCUCAGGCCACCAUGGACAUGAUCCUGGGCAUGAGGACGCAGCUGCUGGGACAGCUGCGAGCUAUUGGUCAGUCCAUGGAGCUUUAUGUCAAUGUUCAGUCCUGCUGUCAGUCAAAUAUUCAGUUUCAGGUCUUAAAGUGGUCCAUGUCAAACAGUCCCUCCUGAUAAAGACAUGAAAAUUAAUCACAUAGAUGUGGAAGUCUGCAUGAGGGUUUAACCAUGAAGAUAUCGUAUAACGGAGCAGGUUAGAUGACACCUGAUGUCCCUGUCUGGCAGGUUUCGUGCGCGCUCGGGGGCACAAUGAUAUCCGGGACAUGAACCUGAACUCUGAGAACUGGGGCGUGGUGAAGGCGGCUCUGGUUGCUGGCAUGUACCCAAACCUGGUCCACGUAAACCCGGAGACCGCCCAGCUGUCCAGCAACAGAGAGAAGAAGGUCAUCUUCCACCCGACAUCCAUCCUCAGCCCAAACUCCAACAAAGAGGUAUGACAAUGAGACAACCUGAGCCACCCUCUGCCCACUGAGCCUGUAACACUGCGCUCUGAUUUGAUCAUAUCUGCCCUACUGUGCUGAAGUUUGGGGAACAUUCAUGAAAGAUAUGUUGGCUGCAAAAAAAAAGAGCUGUGAGGAAAAUAAUCACGCUGGAUUUGAAGAGCAAACCAGGAUUUUGUUCUUCAAGUCUUGUAGGUUGAAAUAUAUGGGCUUAGUUUAAUUUACAACGGCCCAGUUUAGGUGUUAAAUGAUGGAUUACCUGAAAACUGGUAAAGGAGAAAUUAUGAUCGAAGAGGGAAAUUACACCAGCCUGUGUGCUCUGCAGAGAGAGAGGGAGAAAGGAUGCUUUCAGACUCUCUUUGCACGUAAGUGAAGUAGUUAUUUCCACACAUGUGCAAAAGGUGAAUUUCUUUCCACCUGGGUGACAAAAAUAUGAGUCUGGUGUGAAAGUCUAUCAGGGUCUGGAUGCACAAGAGGUCACAGUGUUUCAUCAGAAACCUUUGAUCCCGUCUUCGCCAGGAAAAAAAAAGGUUUUAUCAUUGCUUUUUAGAUGUUUUGCUGCCAGACCAGAGAAAACACCAAUUUGGAUUUUCAUACUGAGCUUUAGAGAAACUUAAUCACACGUUUCAUGAGUCAGCGAUUAAGAGGCUUGAUCAUAUGGGGUCUUGUACUCGUAGUUCUUGUCCUGUUCCCAUAAAAAGUUGAUGAAAACUAAACUUAUCCUGAAAGAGUUGAUACUGGUGAGAGAGUGAGGCAACAUGAGAAGUCUCUCUUCAUACCCAACUUUCUCAGGAUGGUUCAAACAUCGUGUGUCUGUGUUUCUGUGUGUGUGUGUGUCUGUUGGUGGUUGUUGUGUGUGUUUGUCGUCUAGCCUGACUCGCUGCGGUCCUCCAAGACUCUACCCACAGACUGGCUGAUCUACGAUGAGAUGAGUCGAGGUCACAGGGUGGCAAGCGUGCGAUGCUGCUCCGUGGUCACUCCCAUCACUGUAGCCAUCUUUGGAGGCUGUGCAAGACUGCCAGACUCCGCCCCGCAAGAACCUGCAAGAGACAGAGACGCAGGUGAGACACUACAGGGGACAGGGAAACAGGUAACACAGGCUGAAGGGAGAAUGUAGCAGGAAAGAGCCUGAAACAUGAUCUGAGGGGUGUAGAUGUUGAGUUUCUCUGCCUUAUCCUCUGUGCAGCUCACAAAAGUCUGAAGAUGUGUUUAUUUUUUUCUCCUAUUGUGUUUCCUUGGUUGAGUACUUUGUGUUGCGAGAGCGCAUCUGACACAUAAAAUCUCCUGCUGUGAGGAAAAUGAGUGAGAGGUUUAAUCUGAGCCUUAAUGUCCUGAGAUUAUCUACAAAAGAUCAACAAAUGAGUGAAACAGCUUUUGUUUCUAUGUGUUUGUUCUUCCUCCAGAUGAGUGUUUUAAAUCAUUUUGGUUAUCAUCACCUGAAGUGUGUGUAUUCAGUGUGUUUCCAUGUCUGUCAGGCUGUGGUCUGGAAGAGGACAGUGACAGUGAUGAAGAGGAGUUGUCUGAGAUGAAGAUUGAUGACUGGCUGGCGUUCCAGUUAGACAGUGAGGUGAGAAAGACAAUCUCUUUCUUUCUGUGUGUGGUGUCACACCUGGAAGGAUGUUUCUAAAAUCACAGAGAGAGGCUGCAGGAUUUAAAUAUUUUUAUUUCAUCUUCAGAUCAUCCGAUCAGCUCAUCUCUAGAGUCACAUGAUCCACAGUUUUUACCUGAUGAUACUAUCUUUUAUAGACUUAUUGUUAUUCUUAAAAAAAGAUGAAUAGGUGUGUGUUUGUGUGUGUUUCUCUUUGUCAGGCUGCAAAACUGGUAUUUGAUCUGAGGCAAAAAUGGCAGAAUCUGUUCAUCAGGACGAUCAGGUCUCCUACAAAACUCCGGAGCCAAGAGGACGAGGGCGUCAUCAGAGCACUUGUAUCUGUAUGUUCUUUAUGAAUUUUCUUUGUGAGAGCUGUUAACAAAAGCAAAACACUGAAAAACCGACAUCCAUCACCCUGUUAGAGUCUAGAGUCUGCAGACUGAGACCGACAAUCUGCCAGACACUGAAUGUGUUCUAUUUAUAUUUCACUGUGAGUCAACUUAACAUCUCUGACCUUCGACCCUCAGGUUCUGUCAGCAGAGGAGCAGGGGGCGGGGCUUCAGCAGCCUACAGGAAUUGGUCAGAGACCUCGGCCCAUGCUGUCAGAGGAUGGAGCUCAAGCUGCUGUGAAGGGAUUCAAGAACAGCCCCCAACCACCCCCAAAAAACACCUUUGACCGGUAAGGAGAGGACACACCAUAGACUGUAUAUACUAUGGACAACUUGGUUCCGCCUCCCGCCUGUAUACGGAUUUGAAGCUAAAAAGCUCUCUGUAUUUCCGGGAUUUUUCUUCAUUUCCUGAAACCAGCGCUGCGCAGUAGCAAUGUGCGCAUUCGGCGGGAGAGUCGCUGUGAUGACGCUCGGCUCAAAUGGCGUAUCCCCCGGAUGAGCUACCCAAUCUUUGUACACCCAUAGACUGUAUCAGGUGUCAAUCAUAGAAAACAUGAACUCCCUAAUAACUUUUAAAAUGGAGCUUCACAGAAAAAAGAGGACUUGAGCACAAACCAGUCUUACUGUAACUACAUGUUAAAGAGACUUCAAUAAAAUCUGACUCUGUCCUCCUCAGGUCCUCAGUGUCAGCAGCAGCAGCCUCAGGACAUCCUCAGACGAAGUUUCACAGCAGAGAGGACAACCAGCUCUGUGAAGACCCCGCCUCCUCCAGUGGCCUCUCUAGUAGCCUCUCUUCCCCUGACAGCCCCGCCUCCUCUGGAAAGGUACCCAACAGGUCAUCUAAUCAUAAGAGUGCUACAUUUUAAAGGAAAUUCUGUGAUGCCAGUUUGACACAUCAUCAGGAAAGCCACCCGGUAUACACCCUAAAACUCUUCAAUUACACAGAAUUAGCUCAUGGUCUGGGUUGACAUUCAGGUUAGGGCUUUUGGUUUAGAUUUGGGCUCUGGUUUGGGUAAAGGUAAAAGGUUUAGGUUCAGGUUUAGGCUCAUUUAUCUGGACUUUUAGUCACACAGUGAAAAAGUUUUAUUUCAAUAUAGAUCAGACUACAGGAAACAGCAGCCAUCUUUGUUUUUUUUUUCCUCACAUUCCUCCUCCCCUUAAUAACCUGUUCUUUUAUUACCCACAAUGCAUUUCCUUUAUGGUGUAUAUAGAGGCUCACAGCUCCUUAUUAUUGUCGUAUCUCCAGUGUAGUCCAGAUUACUGUUUGUUAUAAUGUGCGUUUACCAUGGAGGCAAAUUCAAAAUAUUCAAAGACCGAUGUUAACAAUCCGUUUUUUGAUCAUUGGUAUUAAAAAAUAGGUAUUUCCUGUAACAAACUACAAAAUGUAAAAACUGCUGCAACAGGAAAAAAAAUGGACAGAGAAAUAUUUCAGACUCAUAGUGUCCAGUUUUCUGCAUGCUUGUUCUUAUUGGUUAAUUUAGAGCGAGUCUACAUGGCCACAUGUCCGUCUAUGUCAGAAAGCACACUCAGUCGGGGCUGAUGAUUCGGGUAUACAGAGACACUGACAUGAAGCUUUGCCAGCAUAAGAAAACCCUCCACUGACUUUGAACAGAUUGUCAGCUUUUUUUUCUCAAGAUGGGUAAUGUCCUGGGAAAAGUCCUCAAUCUCAGCGUCUGAAGAAGCAGCUGUUGUGGCGUUUUCCCCAAAAAGAGCUCAUGGAGACCUGGUGCAUGUUUCCUCCUCCUACAGAUGUCUCAUUCCUCACGCUCCCCUCAGCCGGCCUUCUCCCCUAUGAAAUACUUCAUCAUGAAGAGCAGCAACAUGAAGAACAUCGAGAUCUCCCAGCAGAAAGGGAUCUGGUCCACCACCCCUAUCAACGAGACCAGGCUUAGCCAGGCCUUCAUGAACAGCAAUGUCAUCCUCAUCUUCUCAGUGCAGGGCUCGGGACACUUCCAAGUAAGUGAAGACACACACAGAGGGUAACAUGCAGCAGACUGACCACCUGAACCUAAAAUCAGACAUGUUUCUAACUCUCGGAUGUUUUUGACUCUGCCUCAGGGCUAUGCUCGCAUGACAUCGUCCGUCAACAGGGACAGCUGUCAGGACUGGGGGCUUGUGGGUCUGGGGGGCGUGUUCAGUGUGGACUGGAUCCACAAAGAGAGUCUGCCCUUCCACUGCAGCCAGCACAUCCUUAACCCCUGGAACGACCACAAGAAGGUCCAGAUCAGCAGGGACGGACAGGUGAGACUGAUUACAAACAACAACAAUGUAAAGUAAAUGUGACAGCUGGUUCUGCUCACUCUUACCUGGUUGUAUCGCCAUGGUAACUGACUCUGAACUCCUCACCUAGACAGAACCAGCUUGUAUUCAGAGUAAUAGCAUUAAGACAGCUGUAAAGUGGGAUCACAAUGUUAGUAGAUGGUUGAUGAUGUCCCCUGCAGGUAAUCAAGAUCAUCAGCUGAUGUAGUAAGAGAAUUUAAAGGACCAGUGUGUCACAUUUAUAAUAACACAGAAUGGAGACAUGCAGUUAAGGCAACACUCACUUAUUGCAUCUCAUGAUAAAGCUGACUUGCAUUUUAUUCAGUUUGAUUCUUUGAGAUUAUAACCCCCUCCCCUCCAGUGUCCCUCCUCUUAUUUUGACUUGUUUGCUUCAGGUGAAAUUAAAAGUUUUAGCGGACCAUCUGUACAGGAAAAAAAGACUAGAAUCAGGUCACAGCAUCUGUCAAACUACAUUAAACUACACAGCAAGUUUAACACAGCAAGUAAUGAAUCUGGUCAGGUUAUUGAUAUUUCUUUAAAUCAAGUCAAAUGAAUACACUUAUUAGACUUAUUAAUUUACAAAGUAACACAGUAUUUUUUCUUCACUCCAGCUGCAGCAGUGUUGAUUUUACAGCUUCAUCUCUCAUGUAUUUAUCAUCUCUUCUCUUCAUAUCAGUCUGACUGAAGCAGAGAGUCUGUGCUAUUUCAUACAACUCCUCCUUUGCACAUGAGUGCCCUCAGAGUGUGAAGCAGACAGCCUGAGUUAACAGGGAAAGUUCAUGACCAGCUGUGUGAUACCCGAAAUCUCUUCCUGGAGCUUUAGACUCUAUUGAGCUGGCCUCUUCAGAUAAAGAGAGCAGCUAUGUUGAGUUCAUUUUGAGGUUUAACCCUUUCUAAAAAAGUCUAUACAAUGUCACACUGAGCUGCUGUGUCUGAGUCAGAGGAUGGUGUACUUCCUUUUGUUGGUGAAUGGUAAAUCCACUGCUCUGUACUGUCUUUGUUGUAGUUUUGUCCCUGUGUUUUGUCUUUCAGGAGCUAACCCUGAGUGUGUAUGGUGUAACGUUGUUUUAUCCCUGUGUUUUGUCUUGCAGGAGCUGGAGCCUAAUGCAGGCAGUCAGCUGUUGUCAUUAUGGGAGAGAGGCUCUGGGCUCCAGUAAGAAGACGACUACUCUCCUUUUUCCCCAUCAGAUCUGACUCUCACCUCCUUUAGACUGACAGAAAAAGUGUUUUUAUAUUUCUCUACAGGUUCUUGUUCAACUCCAAGACAGAGUUUAUUUCGCAGUUUAUCUCCAUGUGUUCACCUGUUUGUACCUUUUAAUCUGUUCAUCUUUCGUUCGUUUCAUGUGUUCAUAAUGGUACCGCUGUUCUCCUCUAACAGUGUCAUCACUGUGUGAAUGAAUUCUGAGUUUAUUCAGGAAGUUGUUCUGAUGUGCAGUUUACCCCUGUGUUUAAGAAGAGGACCUCACUGUAAGCUUUUGGUCUACAGUUUUAAACCUCCUCAGAGCAGAAAUGGGGACUUUGACUUGUUGGACUUGUGUCGCACUUUAACCUGACUACAGACUUGACCCUCAAGGACUUUAGACUUGACUUGGACUUGCACAAAGUGGCUUGUGUGUAUUUCUGCCUCAGAGUGACCUAACUUUAAAGGUACACUAAACACUGCUGGACAUGAGAAGAACCCAGGAGUAAAACUCCUCUCAUAUCCAGUCUGUGAACGGACCAAGCUGUGUGUAGUAUUCACAGCAUGUUAACAGAGUUCAGAUUUUUUUGGUGUGAAAGCUUCACUCUGAUGGUUUCAUUACACCUCAGGGAGCACCAUAACUAAAUAAACAUGAAUUCAUGUCAUCAGUUGUAAAAAAAAUGUUUAUAUUGUUAGAAACUGAAGAGUAGCCUUUUUGAUUGUUGGUGCUGGAUGAGGAGACAUGUUGUUUUGGUUGAGUUAAGGCGUCUUCAUGACUGUUAAAAACAUAAAUAAAAUAAAUACUGACUCCACCCUAAACCAUG